AUGACACUUGUUGCAAAAGCUCUGUCAAGCGUCCAUGAUUUAUUGGAAAGAAGUUAUGAUCGAAGUUUGCUCAUUCUCACUGUACUCGCUUCAAGGCAUAACCGUUCAGGUCUCGUCCAUCCACCGACAUCCGUUCCUCCAGCACCCUCCUCAAACAAAAUGAUGAAAAUAACCUUUUUCGCUUUGGCCGCUCUGGCUUUGGUGUGCGCUCUACCACAAGAGGGCGACAAGGCAAAGCAGCCUGUUGAAAUCGUGAAGCAAGACUCUGAAGUCGACGUUAAUGGAUACAACUUCGAGUUCGAAACCAGCGACGGCACUUCGAGGCAAGAACAAGGAGAGUACAAGAAUGACACCGACCAGCAAGGCCUGUCUGUGAAGGGCAGCUACAGAUAUGUAGCGCCUGACGGCCAACACAUCCAAGUCACCUUCGUUGCCGACAAAAACGGCUACCAGCCCACCGAGGAAAAGCCCGACCAGGACCAAAAACCCGCCCAGUCC